AUGUUUAUAAAAAGAAGGAUAAUAAAUUUUUAUAAGAAUAACCCUUUUGCCUUUUGCUUAGGAAGUACUUGGUUUUUAUUAAUAAACGGUGGCAUAUUAUUCAGUUAUAAAUAUUUUAAAAACUUUGAACACAGGCAUUGUUAUAUUAAUGAUUCCAUAAAUAUUUUAAAAAUAUAUAUAAAUUAUAAGAAAGGUGAUAAUUUAAAAUUAUUAAGAAGAAGGGGUAAUAUCGAUUCUUCAAAUGAAAGGGCAAAGUGUGAACUGAUCUUUUCAUAUAACGAUGAGAAGAUAUAUUUAAAUGUCAAUGCAAUAAAGAUAAAUAAAAAAAAAAAUAAUAAUAAUUAUAAUGAUAAUGAUAAUAUUAAUGAUGAUAAUAAUAAUGAUGAUAAUUAUAAUGAUGAUAACUAUAAUGAUGAUGAUGAUGAAUAUCGAGACAUUUCUAUAUAUUUGGAAAAUCCAUUUUUGAUAAAAAAAGAUAUAAAAAAAUAUUUUUUAAAAGUCAAAUUAUUUCUUUCUUCAUUUGUUACAAGUACAAUGGAUGAUCAAAAAAGUAAAGAAAAUUAUGAACAUGAAGAUAAAAUGAAGCAUAAUAUUAAUGAAAAUAAUUUAAUACUAUCAGAUAAUAUUAAAAGUAAGAAUGAAAAAAUAUAUGAUAUAAUAAAGAGUGGAUCUAUUUGGAAAAUAAACAAUAUAAUGGUAGUAAAGAAAAAAAAAAAAAAAAAAAAUAUAAAAAAUGAUAUCAUUCAAAGUGAUACCAUCCAAGGUGAUAAUAUAUAUCCUCCUUCAACAGAUGAUGAUAAUAAUGUGGAAUAUAAUAAUGUUAUAAAUUCCUUUUUAUUUUAUAUAAGAAGUUUUUUUAAUAAGAAUUCUUGGUAUGCGUAUGAAAUAUAUCCUAUAUAUGGUAAUGUUAAAGAUAAUUCUUAUUAUUGUAAAUAUGAUAAUAAAAGAAAGACUUUAAAUGACACUCAAAAAAAUUUAUCUCAAAUUAUGUUAUGUGCUUUUUUCAUUUCUACUAUGUUAGCAAUUAAAAGGAUUUAUAUAUAUAAAAAUUCAUAUUCUAGUUUAAAUUUUGUUAAAAAUUUUGUAUUACAUAAUGAACAUCUUCAUAAUAUAUUAGGACAUAAACAAGUACAAAUAUUAAGCAUAUCAGGGAUACAUGAAAAAAAUUAUCUCAACAGUAAAAUAUUUUUUCAAGUAAAAGAAAAACAAGGUGUUAUACAAAUGACAGCUACUCGAAAUUCUUCAGAUACCUCUUUUUUUCUUCUACACGCAAAGUUAUUAUUAAAUAAUGAAGUUAUUGAAUUAAAGAAAGAAAAUUAA